AAAGCCCGGGACAGUUGAGAGUGUGCAUGGAACGAAUAAUAAAGAAGAAUGGGAGGUUUUCGGUUUGAAAACGUCUACAAUUUUCCUCGCUGCUCUGGAAAAGAUGAGAUUCCAGAAGGAACGUCACCAAAAUGGAGAUGCAGGAAGAAAGCAAAGGCAAUGGCUCAACAGCAAGAAGAAGAGGUUGAGAAAUUGAGGUUGUCAAGUGCCGAAGAGCUAGAUAACCAUGACGACUCGCAGGAUUAUCACCGUGGCACGUGGACGAGGAAAUGUGACUUUCUUCUGUCAAUAGUGGGCUACUCCGUUGGCGUGUCAAACAUCUGGCGUUUUCCCUACCUCUGUAUGAGGAAUGGAGGAGGUGCAUUUCUCAUUCCAUUUUUCUUCUUCCUGAUCUUCUGUGGGAUUCCAUUGUUCUUCAUGGAGCUAUGUCUUGGUCAGUUUUCUGGGGUCAGUUCCCUAUUUGUGUGGUCACUUUGUCCUCUCUUCAAAGGUCUCGGCUAUCUCAUGGUCAUCGUAUCUUUUAUGAUGUCCUGGUAUUACAUCAUGGUACUAGUCUGGGUCAUCUACUACCUUGUCAACUCGUUCUACGACCCACUUCCCUGGUCUGUCUGCACCAAUUCAUGGAACACACCAUUUUGUAUCGAGGAUCGAGGCAAGAUCAACGCCAGCAAGUCAUUCCUGAAUAAUUUUACCUCAGUUGAAGCCAAUUCUUCUAUGUUUAUGGCAUCAAAUUAUUCAUUAAAUGCCUCGGCAGCCAACUUUACACCAGCCACAGCAGCAAAGGAAUUUUGGCAAUUAAAUGUCCUACAGAUUUCGUCAGGCUUCGGCGAUCUCGGUGGAAUACGAUGGCACUUGGUAUUAGCCCUGGCAGCGGCCUGGGUCCUCGUCUUCCUCUGCCUGAUGAAGGGUGUGAAAUCCGUUGGAAAGGUUGUAUAUGUCACUGCCCUCCUACCGUAUUUAUUGUUGACCAUAUUCCUGAUCCGUGGACUACUGUUACCAGGGGCAGUCGAUGGUAUCCUCUUCUAUCUCACCCCAGACUUCAGAAGACUCCUCGACUUCCAAGUGUGGUUGGAGGCUGGAAUACAAGUGUUUUACUCCCUCGGUCCGGCCUGGGGCGGACUUAUAACUAUGUCUAGUUAUAACAAAUUCACAAAUAACUGUCUCAGAGAUGCCAUCAUUGGGAGUUUGGCUGAUGCUCUUACAAGUUUCUACGGAGGAUUUGUGAUUUUCUCCGUACUAGGCUACAUGGCGUACGAGUCUAAACUGCCGAUCAAGGAAGUGGCCACCUCAGGACCUGGCCUGGCACUGGUGGCCUACCCCGAGGCUAUAACAAAGUUACCACUCCCCCAACUCUGGGCAGUGCUGUUCUUCCUCAUGUUACUAGCCCUUGGCAUUGACAGUCAGUUUGGUACAUUUGAGACGGUGUCCAGUGGGCUGGUGGAUGCUUUUCCUCGUCUGCUCGGCAAGCGAAAGGUCCUACUGACGGCCGCACUUUCCCUGGUGCUGUUUAUACUAGGGUUACCAUUUACCACAAAUGGUGGGAUGUACAUCUUCCAGCUAGUCGACUGGUAUGCUGCCUCACUGUGUGUCAUGCUCACCUGUUUCCUGGAGUGUAUCAUCGUAGGAUGGCUUUAUGGGGCUGACCGUUUCAGUAGAGAUGUAGAACUUAUGAUGGGUCGUCCCGUUCCUGUUAUAAUCCGAAUAUGUUGGUGUGUCAUUACACCCCUCAUAAUGCUGAUCGCAUUCACAGCAACGAUGAUAAACUACCAGCCCCCUACUUACGAAGGUUAUAGUUACCCGGGAUUCGCUCGAGCAAUUGGCCUUUUAAUGUCUGUCAUUCCCAUAAUUCCAGUUCCUGUUCUCAUGGCAACACAAAUAGCCCAGGCUAAAGGGCCAAUAAUAAAUCGUAUAUGGAAAUUAACACAGCCGACAUUGGAGUGGGGACCACACAUCAGUAAAUACAGAAAAGUGUAUCAAACUACAGCUAAACAAAGUCUACAGGGUCGUGAACUUUUACAGGCUAAUCUGUUCGGUGGGAAGCGAUAACCAGUCUACUCUACCAUGUGUCCGGUCUUGCCAUGCUGUGUUAGGUUUUAUUAGUGUCUGGCUACAGUUGUAAAUGAUUUUUCGCUUCAGUAGUGACCAGGUCACACAGCGGUAGUGACCAGUGUGUGAGUGGCUUGUCAGUGUAUGGCAAUAGUGAUGACCAGUGUCCGACAGCAUUGGUGACCUGUCUGUGACCAGAGUGUAACAGACUUGGUGACCUGUGAUCGGCAGUCGUCGUGACUGUUGUCUGCCAGUAAUGGUGACAGACACCUACUUAAAAUGGUGACUGAUCAGGAUAUCUGCUAACAAUGGUGACCAACAUCCGCCAAUGAUAGAGACUGAUGUCUGUCCACAGUGGUGACCGGUGUCUGUCCACAGUGGUGACUGAUGUCUCCUAAGCGGUGGUGACCAAUGUCCACCAACAGUGUUGACUGGUGACCUGCAGUGGUGGAGACCGAUGACCAACAGCUGUAUGUGUCUGGACCGAUGCUGACAGCCGUGGUGAUCAAUGUCCGACAGCUAUGGUGACCAAUGUAUGACUGAUUUGUGUCGAGCAACAACUAUAUGUGAUUUGUUUAACUGCAGCACCCAAACCAAACAUUCGGCAUUUGACAUUGAUAAUGACACAGUAUUUGGACUAUAAUUUGCUGAUUAUGACUAUAUCAGCUCAUUAUGAAAAAUGUCUCAUGAAAUGAAUCUCUUAUUCCCUCCCGAUAUGUUAGAAUCUCGUAGUUCUUCUGAUAAUGCUGGAAUCGAUCCCUUAUUUCCUCUGAUCAUUUUAGAAUCUCUUAUAUCCCUGAUUAUUUUGAAUCUCUUAUAUCCCUGAUUAUUUAGAAUCUCUUAUAUCCCUGAUUAUGUUGAAUCUCUUAUAUUCUCUUAUAUAUACCCUCCUAUUAUGUUCAGUAUAACAAUUCUUUUUAAAAAUCAAAUCCAAAAAUUGUUCACAAUAUUAAAAGUUUACGCUUUGAGAAAAAGAAAAACAUUGUCUUGUGAUAGUUGGUACAUUUUGUAGCAAUAGUUGAUGAUGCAAGGUGUUUGUGAAUUGUCAUAUUACAGGUACUUCAAGUACUGUUUAUAUACACACAUGCAAAUGUCAUCUUUUCCUCCAUGCUUCGAUCUCAUAUUUAGCAAUAUACUGAUCAGCAUGUAUGUAGACAGCUAUACCGUGGUACUAAGUCAAGCAUCUGUAGGUACUUUGUAUUUGUUAGAUUUCAUGGAGCUAAUAUUUUGCGGUUGGUUGUCUGUGUCAGACCGAGUUCACGGGUAUUACAUACAUAAAAUUUGUGCAACCACACCUUAUCAACAUAUUGCAUUAAACACUUAUAUUUAUUUUUUUGGACAUGUAUCAUAUAUAUUAACUCAUUUAUUUUUCACACUAUAUUUACUGUUAUGGCCGUAAAUAUAACAACAAUAAAUCCUCCACUAAUAUUACCAAACAAACAGUAUGUGAAUGUAGAAAAUCUACAACCAACAGUAACAUUGUUUACCUUCUUACCAUAUUUAUUCUCAAAUAAGACCCCUUUCUUAAUAUAAAAUUUUUGUAUGGUAUUUAUCCUCAAAUAAGCCCCCUCGCCUAGUGUAAAGUUUUAGUAUAGUUUUUAUCCUCAAAUAAGCCCCCUCGCCUAGUGUAAGAUUUUAGUAAGCCCCCUCGCCUAGUGUUAAGUUUUAGUAUGGAUUUAUCCUUAAAUAAGCCCCCUCCCUUAGUGGAAAACUUUAGUAUAGUUUUUAUCCUCAAAUAAGCCCCCUCGCAAAAUGUAAAACUUAAGUAUGGUAUUUAUCCUCAAAUAAGCCCCCUCGCCACGUGUAAAGUUUUAGUAUAGUUUUUAUCCUCAUAUAAGCCCCCUCGCCACGUGUAAAAGUUAGUUCUGUAUUUAUUUAAGCAUUAAAGUUUGAGGAAGCCUUAUUAAAAUUAUUGAUUCUGUAAAAAUGAAGAAGGGACUUGUUUGUGUGCAGAUGCUUAUUUGUGAUAUGGGCUUAUUUGUGAGUAGGGUCUUUUUUGUGGGUACAGACUUAUUUUGUGGGUAGGGGCUUAUUUGUGAAUAGAUACAGUAAUGUAAAACACCUUUUUCCCAAUUCAUGAUUGUAAUUUAAAAGUACUUAUUCUCAGUCAGAACACAUUGCCUUAUUGCUCCAUCAAACCUGUUUCAAUGAUCUCUGCCACAAUUUUUUUUCUCUCACAAGAAUUAGUCAUAAAACAGUAUUAACUUAACUUAUUAGUAUUUAUAUCUUGUUUGAAGAUAUCAAAUAAAUGUUGUAUUCAUUUGUUCAACACAUAUCAGCUUACCAGGUAUUCAUACCAGGUAUUAGAAUUUAAACUGACGAGUUAUGCAUUGUUCUAGUCGUAUUUGCUGACUAUAUAUACUUAUUUACAUGUCAGAGGAUGUUCAUUAUUAGCUCGCCCAAAAGCAGUCUAGGGGAGCUAUUGAUAUACCGCUGGUGCCGGCUUUGUCUGUAGACAGCUGGGUUAAAGUUUAUAUGUGUAUCAAACCAGAACAGUGUCAGGAGUAAUGAGAAUAAAGUUUAGGUAUUUCACAUUUGUGUUCCUUUUAAUAGGACCUUUCUAUUGGUACUACAUUUGUAGACCUGCUCAAAUUUACCUGUGACCUUUUGAAAAAGAUGAAUUCUGAAUUUCAACAAACUCUGCGAGCUGUUGUCUUCUGGCAACUUGUUUCUGUCAUUUUAAUAUUUUGUUACUAAGAAUGUAAUGUGACUGUUCAUUUAUUCUUGAUAAUGUAAUGUUUCUGAUAAUGUAACUUACUGUUUAUGUAAUGUUUCUGAUAAUGUAUUUUCCUGUUAAUGUAAUGUUCCUGAUAAUGUAAUUUACUGUUAAUGUAAGUUACUGUUAAUGUAAUGUUUCUAAUAAUGUAACUUACUGUUAAUGUAAUGUUCCUGAUAAUGUAAUUUACUGUUAAUGUAAUGUUUCUGAUAAUGUAAUGUUACUGUUAAUGUAAUUAUCCUGAUAAUGUCAUUUUGUUCUUUGUGUAAUGUUUCUGUUAUGUAAUGUUCCUAAUAAUCAUUAUGUAUUGGUGUUGUACUUUAUUUAAGGCAAAGCAAUUAGCAUGGCAUAAUGUUAAUGUAUUACAUGUAAUACUAUUGGGUUUUUUAUUGAGUGUGUGAUAUAACAUGUUUUUAUUUUGAGUAAGUACAUUGUGCAAAGUUUUAGUACCGGUGUGGUAUGGUAUUUUGAAGCAUGGUGAAAUGAAACGGGGUCAAAAUACCAUAAUUCAUUUUCAAAACAACAGAAAUUCAGUAUGCCGAUCUACAUAUAUCCACUGUCAAUUGGAUUACUAUAGCUAUAUUUUAUCUAGUAUUUUUAGUAGUUUUUCUUUUUUGUAUUGAAACAAAAGAUAAAUACUCAUGUGAAGUACUUGUUUAAUACUAAAUUAAAAAAAAAAACUUUAAAUUGGUUUAUUUGGAAAAAACAACAACUUUAAAUUGCUUUAUCUUAAUAAAAAUUCAGAAUGUUAAUAAUUAUGAACAGGACAUAGCACAAAUUUUCUACCUGCUGUCUAUAGCUAUGUACACUUGUAUAUGUGUAUAUAGACUGAUGUCCAUGUACACAUAAUUAUACAUGUGAAAUGUAUAUAUAUUAUACAUGUGUACAUACUGUGUAUUUGGAUUCCUUACAAAGUCCAUGCGGCUUGGCUGAUAACUGAAGUCAUUCUUCUGAUAUAUGUUUUCCAUCGUCGGAAACCCACGGUUGAUUGCACUACGCUACGCUUCACUUGUCACUCGGUGAUAAGUGUAGCGUAGUGCAAUCAACCGUGGGUUUCCGACGAUGUAUAUUUUCUAAUUCAACCAAUACUGCCAGUGGUGUCAGUUGUUUUAUAGACUUUAAGAUUUUCUUUAUUCAGCCUGCUUGUUGUAGAUUUUUACACCUGAGAGACUUUCCUUCAAGUUGGUAUAUAUUCUCAAUGCCAUUUUUAAAUUCUGCAAUUUUUGCAUGUAGUAAACAUAUCAACUGCGACUUAGCUUUAUUUUUGCAGCGUUACAAUGAAAUAUGAAGUUAAAUUUGCAGCUUCCAAAUUCUUAUACACAUGUUAUUGCAGUUUUAUUUAUAAGUGAUAGCUUUAUGGAAUUACUUAUGUUACCAUGGAAAUCUCAAAAGUUUCCAAAGUAAACAUGUAGAUUGUUGUAAAUAUUAUCAGUGUAUAACAAUCUAGAAUUAUCUUUAUUCAAAAUACUGAACAUGUGCAAAAUUCUUGGAUUUGCCUAGAUUGUUUUGGCCUUCAUGAAGUAAAGAAUUGGACAACAUAACAAAUCAUCCAAUCACAAUUCUCUGAAGCAUCCAUCUUCAAUAUGAGUAUCUUUUAUAGAAAUGAAAUCCUGUUGAACUAGAAGCAUAAAUAUACCAGAUAUAUGUACAUGUAUAAACAGGUUUAAGUCCUGUCUACUUCAUAGUUGUUGAUAUCAAGUAAAACUUGUGGUAUGUACUAGAAGUCAGAAAUGUAUUGUUUACAAAAUAUGACACAUAUGAUAAGAGAAAAUAAAGUGCUAUUUUGUGUAAA